UCGACACAUCACCAUGACAUCAAAGAACGAGAGAGAAGUUCCGAGACAAAAUCAACAGAUUCCACAAGGAUACCCACCGUCAGGGUACCCACCUCCGGAUUUCUACGCUCAGCACGGCACUCCACCCGCUUACAGCUACCCCGCUCCUGCAGGAUAUGCAGAAUAUCCGCCACAGCAACAAGGGUAUCCUGGGCAUCCGAACUACUAUCAAGGAGGAGUUAUGGCUCCUACUCUUCCACCAGGCUAUUACAACCAACAACAACAACCGCAACAGCAAGCAAGUGGAUGGCUUCAAGGAUGCUUGGCGGCAUUGUGUUGUUGUUGCAUGAUGGAAGAAUGCUUCGUGUUGUGCAGAAUUUUAAUGUGGAUGAAUAUGAGCCAAAAAGUUGGAUAAAAGAUUGCAGCACAUGGAAUCAAUAUCCAUCAUACUAAGUUUAUGAUUUGUAAGAUUGGUUUAUUUCAGGAAAAGAAAAAGAAAAUUGAACAAAAUCAUGCAAAAUUGAAUAUACAUACAUACAUAUAUAUAUAUAUAUAUAUAUAUAUAUCAUCUUGAUCUGUAUGUAACACACAUUAUAACUACA